AGCCGUUCUGGCUCAGUUGGAAGCCCGCUGCCCUCACGUUCGCUGCCCCGUGGCCAGUCUUCCGAUGCAGCUGGCCCCAGCCGCAAGCUACGCCCUGCAGCCGCCAGCUGGCGGCGUUGGUUACCCGGCCGCCAGGAUCGUCUCGAGCGGGAUGCAGGGCCAGACUGCCCAACCGGUUACCACCGUGACUUACCCUUCGAGUGUGGUGACGGGCCCCGGCUCCGCGCCCGCCCCCGCCUACGCCGCAGCAGCGCCGCCCGGCGCGGCGGUCUACCAGCAGCCGCAGCUCCCCGUGGUGUACGGGGCGCCCCCUGUGCAGCCGGUGGGCCCGCCCUCCAAGCCGCCGGCGCUGACGACGGGCAUGCCCGACCCGCAGGCGGUGGAGGUGCAGAAGGCCGCGUACAACAGGAGCCUGGAGGAGCAGGCCCAGCAGGGGGAGGAGCUCCUGAGGAUGCAGCAGAAGCAGCAGGUGGACUACAUCUACCAGGCCGCGGAGGAGCAGAAGAGGCAACUGAUGCUGCAGAUCGACCAGCAGGCGAAGGCGCAGGAGCUGCAGCUCUCUCAGCAGUACGGGCAACAGGUCAUGAGCCUGCAGCAGGAGUUCCAGCACCAGAAGCUCUUGCUGGAAAAGCAGGCGAGCGAGCUGGCGAUGGAGUACCAGAUGCGGAAGUCGCACGAGGAGAUGCUGGAGCAGCAGUAUCAGAUGCAGCAGGCGCACUACGAGGAGCAAGCGAGGACAUGGUUGCCAGACAUCGAGAGGGUGCCCUUAGUUCCCAUCCUUGACGCUGCGCAUCUUCCCAACUGCGCAUCCAGGUAGUGGCAAUAUUGGUUCUCUUGGGGCCGUCCUGGAAGCCAUCGGCAACAUCAUGGGGGGUCGUCGGUUAACAUCAUCACCCUAAGCAAAGCGCCCAUAUGACGAGCGUCGUGCUGUUGACAAGACAUAAGUUGCUGCCUUUGGAUUGGAUCCGGCUUGACGUGCGACCCCCCCACGUCCAGGCACGCGAAGGACGGCGGCCGCGUACGCGCUCGUAUGGUGACGUCAGUGCUGGCACCAUGUAGGUGUCGCCACGUAGAACAGGAAUCCCCAGUAGCCGCUCGGCGCGCACAACUUGGAC